AUGUCAGCAAGGUAUUCAAGGCCGGCGUCGCGCGAGUAUUCGUACACUCGACGUGUUCAAAGACCACCAUCACCACCCAUGGAUGAUCCGAGCUCGGCAAGGUUUUCUCUGCCUUCAAUAUCUACCUUGAUCGAAGCGGCGGAUGAGGGAACAGGCAGAGAGAGGUUGCAAAUCGAUCCCAGGCUUCAAAAGGUUGUGGUUGAUCCACAGUUGUUGGCCCAGAGUCAGGAGAGGUCCCCGAUCGUGAGCAAUCCCACAAGUCCUUUGCCACCGACCCCUCCUUUACGCCCAAGGACGGGAUCUGACACCUGUCAUCAUCAGUCGCCUGCAACAAACCCAUCGCACUCCCCUGCAUCCGCCACUUCUGGCAGUGAGAGGCGAGCCCCUGCUUCCGCAAUCAAAGACGUGGAGGCGCAUUCGCGACGUCAGAUGGAUUACCCGCCCGUCCCUCAGGAUCGACCGGUACGAGUGUUGCAAGGACCGCUCUCACCAUACACUGCUUCCUCCUACGGUUCCCCCAGCAAUGGUUCCGUAUCAUCAUACCAGAGCUCCCCCAUCGAUGGCUCCAACAACCACGGUUCGGCGUAUCAACGUGCUUUGCCCUCAAACUUCCCGCCCAUGUCCUCUUACGAUGAGCCCGCUGGACAAUACAUCUCUCAUGCGACUCCUGCUUGGCAGCAUCAUCAUCACUUUCCGCACUCUGCAUCCACCCCUUAUCCGCCCAAUCAAGACAGAUAUAUCUGCGGCACGUGCAACAAAGCGUUCUCCAGGCCCAGUUCCUUGAAAAUACACACAUAUUCUCACACAGGUGAAAAACCGUGGAAGUGCCAAGUUCCAGGCUGUGGGAAGACGUUCAGCGUCAGGAGCAACAUGAAGCGGCAUGAGAAAGGCUGCCAUGGUGACGGCGGGUACCCAAACGGUAGUCUUGGUCGAGAGAGUCCAGAGAGCGCAUCCUAG